GGCGUUUGGACAAGUUUUACUACUUAGCCAAAGAACAAGGAUAUCGUGCCCGUUCUGCAUUUAAGCUUAUUCAAUUAUAUAAAAAAUCUAAUUUUUUAGAAAAGUCCCGAUGUUUGAUAGUUUUAUGUGCUGCACCUGGAGGUUGGUUACAAGUUGCGAAAAAAUAUAUGCUUGUAUCAAGUUUAAUUAUUGGUGUUGAUCUUAUACCUAUUAAACCAAUUUCAAAUAUUAUAACUUUACAAGAAGAUAUUACUACUGAUAAAUGUCGUUCUGCAAUUCGAAAUGAAUUAAAAACCUGGAAAGCUGAUGUAGUGCUUAAUGAUGGUGCUCCAAACGUGGGUAUUUAUUGGUUACAAUAUGCUUUCUCUCAAGCUGAUUUGACAUUGAAAGCGUUGAAAUUGGCUGUAGAAUUUUUGAACAAAGGAGGCACAUUUAUGACUAAACUUUUCAGAUCCAAAGAUUAUAACAAUUUGAUCUGGGUUUUUAACCAAUUAUUUAAAAAGGUAGAGACUACAAAACCGGCUUCAUCGAGAAAUGUUUCGGCAGAAAUUUUCGUUGUUUGCCGUGAUUUUCUUGCCCCUAAAAAAAUUCACUCGAAAUUUCUUGAUACUCGAGCAGUUUUUCAAGAAGUUGAGAUUGAAUCUGUAAACAAACCUACUGAUAAGCAGGAUCCAUCAAAUGAUGAAAAUUCUACUAAAAAUUUGACUAAUAAUGACGAAAAAGUUGAUGAAGAUCAGAUAAUUCAAGAUGAGCUUGAUAAGCUCACUAAAGAAAACCAAGCUCGAUUAAAACGACUCCGUCGAAAAGCUAAUGAAAAACGACAGAAAAAUGUUGUUCGAAUAGAGUUAGGUCCUGAUGGUGGUGAUCCAUUAUUCGAUUUAAAACAAGUUGAUAAAACUGGGGUAUAUGUCUCAGAUGUUAAAGAUGGCGUAACUAAGUCUAAUGGUCAUUCUUUAAAACGUAAAGCUGAUGAUGUUAGUAGUCCCAAAAUUGGAGAAGACGCAAAUGAUGAUAUUGAAAUAGUUCUUAGAAACAAAGAUAGCGAUGAAGAAAUGUGGGAUGCCAAUGAAGUUGAUGAAGACGAGAAAAAAAUGAUGAGAGCAAAAGGUAUAAAAUGUGGGAUGCCAAUGAAGUCGAUGAAGACGAGAAAAAAAUGA